GAUCCCAACGUGACCACACACAGCAGCUCCCUCUCCUUCCUGCUCCUGCCUGCACACACACAUACACACAUACACAGGCACUCACACACACUGACACACACACACAUAGUGGCACGGGGUGCAGGAGCAGCCCCACCACCCUGCGCACCAGAACCCGGGGAGCCGGCUCCAUUGCAGUCGCUGGAUUCCGCCACAAAAUGACAAGAAUAUUAAUAUAUGCUGCAAUCCCUCCCUGCCAGGUUUAAGCUUCAUUUGCAUUUCCUGCAGCUGGGGUUUGGUCCUGUGCUCCCAUCUCAUCCAUCCGUUCACAUGGGGGGCUCCUGCCUGCGCCCUGGACAUGGAUGCGCGCUAAUGCCACUGGCUUGGAUCGGAUGAGUGAUCUCAUCUCACACGCUUGGUCUCCCCAGCUAAAUCCUUGGCACAGACACCCCCCCACCACCCUGUCUUGCUCCGGUUGUCAGCCUGGAUCUGGGAUUUUUCCUUUUUUGCAUUUGCAAUGGCAACUAAUGGAAUGGUGGGAGGAAAAUCCGAUGGUGCUCGGUUGGACUGCCAUCAGUCUCCGCUCCUAAUUAUUCUCCGGGGACCAUUGAGAGUUACUUUUUAAACCCCCCCAAUCCCACCCCACUAAAGAAGCGAAUGAGCAAGGCUUGUAGGAACAGCUGAGUCUCAUCUCACCUGAUUGCAUAGGAUUUACCCCUGUCCUGAUACAGAAAAGUCCUAUAUUACCCCCUUUUUCUAAAUAUACUCUGAGCAAUACUGUCAUCUUCUGUGGAUUUUAUACUUGCCGGGCGCACUGUGUUGGGAGCCAGUGGCCACAUGUGAGUUGGAGACCCAGAGGGUAGCUUGUCAGUCACCGGCCUCUGGAAGGUCCUGUUGUGUCCCCUGGACUGGAUAUGUCCAUGUUAACGUGAAGAUGGAUUUAAGUUUCGUUGUGUUGUGGUUAUUGACAGUUCUCAUCGAGGGCAUCUCUAGUCAAGGGGUUUAUGCUCCACCUACUGUUAGGAUUAUCCACUCAGGCCUGGCCUGUAAUAUUGAGGAAGAGAGGUAUUCUGAACGGGUGUACACAAUACGGGAAGGAGAGACGCUAGAGUUGACCUGUCUAGUAACAGGACACCCAAGGCCACAGAUCAGGUGGACCAAAACAGCAGGAAGUGCAUCUGAUAGAUUCCAAGACUCCAGUGUCUUCAACGAGACCCUGAGGAUUACAAAUAUCCAGAGACACCAAGGAGGUCGAUACUAUUGUAAAGCAGAAAAUGGUCUGGGUUCUCCUGCAAUAAAGUCUAUACGAGUGGAUGUAUAUUAUUUGGAUGAUCCCAUUGUGACCGUCCAUCAAAGCAUAGGAGAAGCAAAGGAACAAUUUUACUAUGAGAGAACAGUUUUCUUACGAUGCAUAGCGAACUCCAAUCCUCCUGUCCGAUAUAGCUGGAAGCGUGGGGAGGAGAUUCUUCUACAAGGCACGGACAAAGGAGUGGAAAUAUACGAGCCUUUCUUCACCCAGGUAGGAAAUAAGGGUGAAACAAAAAUUUUGAAGCUGAAAAAUCUCAGACCUCAGGAUUAUGCCAAUUACAGCUGUAUCGCCUCAGUACGAAACGUCUGCAACAUUCCCGACAAGAUGGUUUCCUUCAAGCUUUCCAACAAAACAGCAUCACCAUCUAUUAAAUUACUGGUGGAUGAUCCUAUUGUUGUAAAUCCGGGGGAAACGAUAAUGUUAGUGUGUGUCACAACAGGCGGAGAACCAACACCAACAUUGACUUGGGUUAGAUCUGUUGGAAACCUCCCAGAAAAGACUGUACUAAGCGGUGGUACGUUAACUAUACCAUCUAUUACUUCUGAGGAUGCUGGCACCUACAGCUGUGUCGCCAAUAACAAUGUCGGCAAUCCAGCAAAAAAGUCCACCAGUAUAAUAGUAAGAGCUUUAAAAAAAGGUCGUUAUUGGAUAACUCCGGAUCCCUACCACAAGGAUGACAACAUUCAGAUUGGGCGAGAGGUGAAAAUAUCCUGCCAAGUGGAAGCUGUUCCUUCGGAAGAGCUUACAUUCAGUUGGUUUAAAAAUGGGAGGCCAUUGCGGAGUUCUGAACGAAUGGUCAUCACUCAGACAGACCCUGAUGUCUCGCCGGGCACCACAAACUUGGAUAUAAUUGACUUAAAGUUUACGGACUUUGGGACCUACACUUGUGUCGCUUCUCUUAAAGGUGGAGGCGUGCCAGACAUCAGCAACGAUGUCAACAUAUCCAGCAGCACAGUUCCACCAAACCUCACUGUUCCAAAAGGCAAGUCUCCGAUGGUCACCAGGGAAGGAGACACCAUAGAACUGCAGUGUCAAGUAUCUGGAAAACCCAAACCCAUUAUAAUGUGGUCCAGAGCCGAUAAAGAGGUGCCAAUGCCGGACGGAUCAAUGCAGAUGGAGAGUUAUGACGGAAUAUUGCGGAUUGUAAACGUGUCCAGAGAGAUGACAGGAACCUACAGGUGCCAAACAAGUCAAUACAAUGGAUUUAACGUCAAGCCAAGAGAAGCUCUGGUUCAGCUGAUCGUGCAAUAUCCACCAGCAGUUGAACCAACCUUUCAGGAAAUCAGACAAGGUCUGGGAACGAGCGUCACAAUGAACUGCAGAGUACUGAGAGCUUAUCCGACCCGGGUUCUUAUGUAUGAAUGGAGACUGGGGAACAAAUUGUUAGAAAAGGGACAGUUUGACUCUCAAGAUUACACAGAGUUGACUGUGAAUAUCCACGCCAAGGACCAUUAUGGCACAUACAAUUGUAGUAUAAUUAAUGAAGCUGGAUCAGGAAGAUGCAGCUUCCUUGUGACAGGGAAGGCUUACCCACCAGAGUUCUACUAUGAUACCUACAAUCCACUUUGGCAGAGCAAGGCCAGCGUCUACUCAUACAGCUUGCAGUGGACUCAGAUGAAUCCGGAUGCUGUGGACCGGAUAGUGGCGUACCGCUUGGGACUGAAACAGGCAGGACAGCCUCGCUGGUGGGAAACAGAAAUUUCAGUCGAUGGCAACAUCAAGAAAGGAGAAUUAAUAACAAACAACCUGACCAAACUUGUCAAACCGGAACCCUAUGAAAUACGUCUGACCCCAAUCAACAGAUUUGGAGAGGGGGACUCAGCUAUUCGAAUUAUCAAAUAUAGUGCUCCAAUUAAUCCACAUUUACGGGAAUUUCACUGCGGAUUUGAGGACGGUAACAUCUGCUUGUUCACCCAGGAUGACACAGAUAUUUUUGACUGGACGAAGCAAAGUGCAAGCACAAGAGAUACUAGAUAUACACCAAACACAGGGCCUACGACAGACGCUGGGGGGUCCAAGCAAGGCUUCUACAUGUACAUUGAGACAUCUCGCCCACGUCUGGAAGGGGAGAAAGCCCGUCUUUUUAGUCCUGUAUUCAAUAUAGCGCAGAAGAAUCCGUAUGGAUCCAGCAAUACAGCCUAUUGUUUUAUAUUUUUCUACCAUAUGUAUGGGAGACACAUAGGGAGUUUGAAUAUAUUCCUUCGACUUAAAGGGCAAUCCAACACAGAAAUCCCAAUCUGGUCAGCCAGUGGAAACAAAGGAGAGCAGUGGCACCAAGCCCGUAUAAAUAUACAUCCAACAGCUGCUUUUCAGGUCGUUUUUGAAGGUGUGCGAGGACCUGGUAUAGAAGGAGACAUCGCUAUAGAUGAUGUAUCAAUUGUCGAGGGCGAAUGUACGAAGGUGGAUCAACCAGCCACUACUCCGCCUUCUGGAGAUAAAGUGUCUGGGACUAUAGUGCAUAUAUGGUUGUAUCCUGUUUUCCUUUUCCUUUCUUUUUUAAGUCAUCAAAGGUGACCAUAUCCUGGCAGAGGCUACAAAAAAAUUCACUUGGCACUGGUACGAAGAAAGAGUCUUUGUAAAUGGACAACUGAAAAACAAUCUACCAAAGAUUCCUCCAUGAAGGCACUGAGAAUGAACGGAACAUGGAACAUUACGAAGUACACAUGAGACCUGAAAUUAGGAAGAGACCUUACAGUGCUCCUGUGGCUUUCACGAAUACAGUAUAAUCUGAAUAUUUUCUUUAAAAAAAAAAAAAUAAGGAAUGGAUAUCCUUGUCAAAGCACAACGUCAUGGCUGGUUUUCUUUCAAAUGAAUAGAGUUUGCUUGCUACCAUGGAUACCUUUUGGCCUGCCAACCUAAACCUCACAGUUAACAGGGUACAAGAAGAUCUGGCAUUUAUUUUCAGAUCGAGAAGGUUCUUAGUCAUGGUUAACUAUAAAUGAGCCCUUCUGCCUUGGCUGCCACCAUCCAAAAACAAAACCUAUGUAAACCACAUGCAGCAUUUUGUCACAGCUUUGCUAAUGAAAGGUAUGCUGUAUCUUUUUUGCAUGCAGACGUCUUCAAGAAAGAGCAGUUUAGUCUUACAAGUUUUUCAGCCUUUGGGAUUUUGCUCGCUUAUGGACACAGAGUCACCGAGUCAUCAGUUGUAUUAAAGGAACCAAACCACCACCUUUUAUAAAAUGCCAGAAAACCAAGUGCCUUUAAUUAACAAGCCUGAAAGAAAAGUUAACUAAACAAGCUUGCUCUGCUGUGAGUAGUUUGUGAAAACAAAAAACUAAAGAAAAACAAACUGUUUUAUAAGCAAACUACAAUCCUCGAAUAUAAAACACAGGCCAGAUUAAAAAAAAUAAAUCUAAUAUUGCUACUGAAAGAACAUGGACUUAAGUUGCUGCAUACGCUCCUUCAACAUUUUCAUUAUAAUUUAGUUGUUUAACUUUAAAAAAAAACAGCCAUGGCCUUCUUGCUUAUUUUCAGUUUUACAAUAUCUUAUAGAUAAAUCUGAAAAUUGGAAAAUGCAACUUUUCAUAUUACUGGCAGCUGAAGUAGUUUGAAAAGUUGUCUAUGGACUUUCAGUCUGCUUUUUUCCCCCCUUUUUAAAAUGGGAAAAUGAUUUUCUUACUCUUAUCCACAUUUGAAAUGAAAUCAGUCUGAUCUUAAGAGGAAACUUAUCUAAGACUGCGGUGUGUUUAACCCUAACAGAAACUCUGGGUCUGAAUUAUUAGUCUUCACUUAAAAGAAAAAAAGUAAAAAAAUGAGGGUCUGAUGCCUCUGCCCGCUAAUCAGACUGUGCAGAUUGUGACAUAGUAUUUUAUUAUUUUGGCAAGUUUGAAAAAAAGAAAAUACACUUUUACAUAAAACUGUAAAAAAAUGACUGAGCUACCUGAUUAAAUACCAUAACUUAA